CUUUUUCGUCUUAAACAGACAGUAAGAUCAUUCUUUAGCAAUGCCUGUAUAAAGUAUGUUUUUGCGUAGGCAUGUAUAUAGGCUACGUCAUGUGCAAAUCAUUUUUUUACUACGCAUUAUGAUGCCGUUUUUCUUUUUUAUUUGUUAUGAUUGUGUUAUUUGGCAAAACAGCAAACGAGAUCUUCCUCGACGCUAAAUAAGUAUCACAUCUGGAAACAUUGCAUCACUAUGAAUGUCCCGGAUUUGGGAAAAAACAGAAGUUUCUCUGUUAAGCCACAAAUGCCUUUACACUGGGUAAAAUGUCCCGGUUGCAGAUGUUUAUGAAGACGAUCUAAUUGCUCGUGAUGCGAGGACGGUUUGAGUCAGAGACACUUUUACAAAGGUACGUUAAACAUUACCGAUAACAUUUACCAGAUUAACUGGAAGCUGUAGAGCAGAAUGAAAGAAUAUAUCAAAAGGAGUGGCACUCACUGAUCACACGGGAUGUAUCUAGGCUAUGGCUUGUGCGUCUCGAUUCUGACUUUUUGCAUCAAACAUGGCAUGUUUCUGCACAUUUAGAAAAGUAAUAUCUAGUUAGAAAACGAAACUGCAAUGCCUCAGGUGGUUUUGAUUGAAACUGAACACUUUAAAGCAUGGAAGUGAAUCGUAAGGAUACGUACUGGUGUCCGAUGUGUACGACUAUUGCCGUUUGAGUUAAAAGUGUACUUUUGUCUUUCCGUUGUAAAAUCUAAUACUUGCUCUCAGAAACUUUUCAAGAGAUUUUAGCGUAUGCCAAGUCAAGCUGGAAGGAAGCGAGCCCCGCUUUCCUUACUUAUUUCCUGGGCAUUAACUGGCUGUGUAGUUGGCUAAAUGUUGCUUAGGGUAUUUGUGAAUUUAGUUCUAUCGUUACUCUACAAUAAAAGUUACCGUUACGUCAUCUGUGCCUACCAUUUGCAUUUAAUUGUUGCAGCUGUGCGGUGCUGUUUUUAUGGCUUAUAUGGCUAAUAAUGUAAAACUAACAAUAUCAUAUGUACUGUAUCUACUGUUUUGGAAUCUGCGUCUCAGUGUUAUAUCUGUUACAUAAAAUGUAACAAAAAUAACGGCGAAGAAAGUCUCAUGAAAGCAGAUUUAGGUUAUUGAAAGGCCGGAUCCGCGUUGCGCACAAGUGCCACAUCGUUGAAUAUGUCAGAAGGGCUGUGUGUAUUUAUGUAUAUUUCUAGUUUUAGCAUUUUUUCUCAAUUCAUGCUUGAUAUAUGCAUUAUUGAAUUUUCACUUUAUUACAGCACUGCUAUGAGGUUUAUCAUUCAAUCUUGAAUCAUCCAGCAAUAACUUUUCAUUCUGGAGCUGCCUGUUUUGCGUGGAGAAAAACACACAAUGAGAAUGACAUGAAAUCUGAAAGAGGGGAAAGGUUUUCUUGUAAUCAGGGCCGGUCAAUCCUAUAGGCGACAUAUGUGGCCACUUAAGGCGCUAACUUGGCAGCCAAUUUCACUUUGCCUUGGACUGGGGGCGCCGCGGUGAUGCUCGCCAAGGGCUGGGACCGUUACUGCAUAUAAUGUGUGCUCCUGUGUCUUUAGUCACCUCAGUUUCCUUCCGCUAGUACUUCGGGGUUUAGUAACAUAAACAACAUCCUUUAUGCGUUACUUGCAGGUAUCCACGCUGCGGAGUAGGAGGAGUAAAGCAGGUCAGCAAGAAACACGACUACUAAGCUAAAGAACAUAGCCUAGCAUUCCACAAGCCUACUGUAUUUGGGUGAAAUACAUUUAUACCACGCAAAGGAUUACUGUACAAUGCGUUUGCGAACUCAGUCUCUUACUGGCUAUCAUACAGCAAAAUAUACAUUAAAAUCCCUGUUAUUUUUUAAUGGCCCAUACCCAGAAAAUCUCUUUGUAACCGAUGACCGAGCACGAGGAGGAAGAUGCAGUUAAAAAAACAACAGGAACAAACUUCAAGUAGACUAUUAUCUUAAAAAGGGAAUUUUUAACAAGAGAAUAUAUUAACUUUAAUUUCUUGAAAACAAUACAGGCAAAUAAGUUGUUCAGCCUUUGAAUAAGUAUAACAAUAAUAGUAAUGAUAAUAAUAAUUAUUAAUAAUAGUAAUUAUGAUUAUUAUUGAGAAGAUAACUGGGAGGAACAGUUCGUCCACACUGGGAAGGUCUUGGAGGCCAUCCGUUGGGCAAGGUUGACCACCAAUCCAGCCAAAGACUACUUUAAAAAAAACAACAAUAAUUAUUAUUAUUGUCAUUAUUAUUAUAGAGCUGUUUUCUUUGCUGAUUUUUGUCCCCAGAUUGUGUCCAUCAGCUUGCCCCUAGGGUGCCCUGCUCCCACCCCGAUGCUGUAAUUUCAUGCAGCAUGACGUGCCUCACGGUACAGGACAGACUGGAGAACUAAAGUCCCGUAAUAUCUCCUGCUCCCCAGCUCUGUAUGCAUGUAUGAGGGCUGAGCAGUGCUUGCAUUUUCUGUCCCAGAUUUCAGCAUAAUCUCAUCAUCAGAAAUCUAAAUUGAACCGUGCACUUGGAAAUAUGUCAUUUGCAUGCUUUGUCACUUGUCUCUUGACUUGGAGAUAAAAGAACAUAAUUAUAUCAUUAUAUGUAUUGCAUACAAUGUCCUUCUUUGAGGUAAAAGUCACACUGCCUGAUCCUAGUGCUCAAAAUAAUGGAGUUCCUGUUUUUACCAAACACAUUUACAUGUACAUUUAUGGUAUUUGGCGGACUUCAAAACUUCUGUUGACAUGUAACACAUUUUUUUAAAAUAAUAAGAUUAUAAUCCUUGAAGUGCUAAUCCAAGUACUUUCGAAAGAGGUAGGUUCAUAGUCUUCAUUUGAAGGCACCCAUUGACUCUGACAUAUAAGGGAAGCUCAUUCCACCACUUAGGUGCCAAAACAGAGAAGAGUCUAGGUGCAUGCAGAGAAGAGUCUAUGUGCAUGCAGAGAAGAGUCUAGAUGCCAAAACAGGGAAGAGUCUAGGUGCAUGCAGAGAAGAGUCUAGGUGCCAAAACAGAGAAGAGUCUAGGUGCAUGCAGAGAAGAGUCUAUGUGCAUGCAGAGAAGAGUCUAGAUGCCAAAACAGGGAAGAGUCUAGGUGCAUGCAGAGAAGAGUCUAGGUGCCAAAACAGAGAAGAGUCUAGGUGCAUGCAGAGAAGAGUCUAGGUGCAUGCAGGGAAGAGUCUAGAUGCAUGUCUUCCUUGAUCUGCUGCACUCAGACUUGCCAAUUCGUACCGCGCCCGAUCAUGUUUGACCCCCACUGUCCAGUUCGUCUGAAUAAUGUGAUCGCUCCAUACUCUGCCCUGGUGUGGCACACUUGGAGAUGUAGGCCAAAGCAUAAUUAGUCAGGCUCGAGCAUGGCACGGAUGUCGUGUGAUCGCUAACCGUGCCCGGAUGCAGAAUACAGACAUGACAACAUGACACAUGCGCACAUGUAUGCUAUACAUGAACCGAACCCGGAAGGAACGGAUCGGGUAGGCUGGUCCGGCUGGCUGUGUCCGAAUUCAUCCUUUGAAGGUAGCAUUUGAAGACCGAAUGCAUCACAGUGGAGCGACAAGGCUGCCCCAGUCAAAAGCUGCUCCUUCAAAUGCAGUUUAGAAAUGCAUCUAGAAAAGAGAUACUGUAUUGAAUUGUUUUUUUGUCUAUCGCAAUUUGCUCUUUGUGAAAUACACAGACAUAUAUACGAGUGAGAGCAAGCUUGGGGGUCACAGCACAGGGCCAGCCAGCAUACAGCUGUACACAAAUUGAGGUCUGACAAGCUUCUGAUUACCGACCGAGGCUGUGUCCGAAUUCAGGGGCUACGUCCUUCGAAGGCCGCGGUCUAUGUAGCCCUUGUAGGUUCGUGCAAUGAAUCUUGGGAACUUGGCAAAAGAGCAAUGCAUUUCUAGGCUGCAUUUGCUGGAGGCUUCGAAAUUUGUACAGUCUUAUCAUAUCACUGUGACUGUGUCAGGAUGCAGCCCUGACCCUCCCCCUUUCACAUUGUGUCUUAUGUCCUCUUUAGGGUAGUUUUUCAAUGGUCUAAACUUAGUGCUUCUGCAACACAGAUAUUGGCUACUUAUGCAAACAGCAUGUCUCAGCCCUUUAAAUGUAGGGUUAGACACAGAAAACAUCUACAGUGAAGAUGCUUCUAUAGUGAAUGCAAGCACAAUAUCAUUAAUAAAUUUGCUUGGAAAAAAUGUAUGGCAAACGCAAUUAACUUAUUUUGUCGAUCGAAUCCAGAGCGGAAUGAGCCAUAAGAAGUGUGAGCACAAACAUGCACAAUGCACAACAUUGACUUCUGGUUAAGGCACAAUUGCAUGCUGCUUUACGCUUUUGUCUCAUUCUGAUACUGUAAAAUAAGUGUUUCUAACCUUAAAGAUUUUUUUAUCUAUAGUUACAAGUGAUUUUUACUUUUGCUUUAUGUUGCAUUUCCUGUGUAACAUCUUGAGCUUUAUGUUUCUGGAUAGAAAUCAGCUGCCAGGUACGGCUGGUAAGACUUAAAUGCUGCUGCUCUGGAGGUAGUGUCUAGUUAGUUAUCGUAGCUCUGUUGGCUAUGCCAGGAGACAGAGUGUCUAGGAGUCAGGGGGCAGCAUGUAGCGCAGUGGGCUAAGCCUGUGUGUCUGCAAUCACAAUGUCACUGGUUCAAACCCAGUCUCAGCAUGUCUGCUUGUCCUUGAGCAAGGCCCUUAACCGCCAGCUCUCUGGCCAUUGCUAUGGGUGGCUGCCCUUUGCAGACCACAUACUCCGCAAAGAGGAAGUUGAGGGAGGUAAAAAUGAGAGUUUAAUGAAGUAUUGAUGGAUAUUUGGUCCAUGCAUAUCCUACUGGGCUGCUUGAGAAGGCCGCAUGGGAACUGGAGGGUUAUAUAAUGGCAUUUAAGAAAAUUAUGUUAAAAUCAUACUUUUAUGUCGGCAUCAUGUCGAUAUCAUGCCAAGUGUGUCAGCUUAGACAUUUUAAAGCGUCUCCAAAAGUGACCCAGAUAAAUGCACUUGACGAAACAGUAGUGCAUUUGUAAACCUUCUGCGGUUUAGAUAUGUCGAUGGUGUGUGAGAACUGGGUGCCACUCGCUCUCUCUCUACCUCUGUGUAGGCUGAGAAGUACAGGCUCCUUUAUGGUACAUUGCCUGUUUCCUGUGUGGUGCUGUCAUACUUUCAGAUAAUGUCAGUUCAACUUUCUGUCCUUCUGUGAAAAUGCUGCAAACAUUUAGCACUGGAGUACUGAUGGACCUCUUGGAGAGACAGUGAGACAUAACACCGGCAAGGUCUGAGAAGUGACAGAAGAAUACGCGAGGAGAGACGAUGCCUGUUCCUCCACCACCACCACCUCCAGCACCUCCCCCAACCUUUGCUGUGGCAAAUACAGAAAAACCAUCACUCAACAAGUCUGAACAGCAGGGAAGAAGUGCUCUUUUAUCAGACAUCAGCAAAGGCGCCCGCUUGAAAAAGGCCGUUACUAAUGACCGGAGUGCUCCAGUAUUUGACAAGCCCAAAGGUGGAGCUGGAGGAAUGGGAGGCGGGGGAGGUGGAGGAGGCGGAGGAGGUGGAGGGGGAGGUGGAGGAUUUGGUGGGGCACCAGCAGGGGGGCUAGGAGGACUUUUCCAAGGAGGGAUGCCAAAGCUCAGAUCUGCUGGGAACAGAGACAGUAACGAUGCCGUGGCUCCGAGGCCUCCUAUGCCACCUGCCGGGGGAAGGUCUCCGGGAGCCAGGCCUACAGGGGGCAGCUCAGGCACCCCACCCCGGCUACCAGGUGCACCCCCAUCCCAGCGUGGCAGUGUCCCAGACCUGCCCAAGCCCCGACAUGAGCCGGCUGGGCCUCCACCACCUGUUCCCAGUACCCCACGGCCGAACCAAGGAAGCAGCCAGAAUCGAGGCCUCCCUCCUGUGCCUGCCGGGGGUCGAGCACCAAGCACUGGCACCAUGCCCCCGCCCCCCGCCCUGCCUGGCCGGCACUCGAGCGAGCCACCUGCAUCCAGCCGCCAGCCACCUUUGCCUGCCCCCCCUGUUCCUGGCAGUGGACGGCCCUCCCUCCCCCCUGCCCCUAGCAGGCCUUCAGAUGAUCGUCCCCCCCCUGUGCCUAUGGGGAGCAGGCAGUCUAUUACCCGGGAAGGACCCCCGCAGCCUCCCCCGCAGCCUCGUACACCCAACAGCAAGCCACAGGGCUCCGCUGCACCGCGGCCCCCUUCGAGCAGCGCCCCACCCCUGCCCCCUGGUCGACCUGGCCCCCCGCCUCCUCCUCCCACACCUCCCAGUGAUGAACAAAUGCCCAGGUUACCACAGCGAAAUGUGUCCCUCAGUUCUCCCGCCCCCACCCCCACCACCCCUCCAGGCCGCAGUGGCCCUUUACCCCCACCCCCUAAUGAGAGACCGCCCCCUCCUGGUAGAAACCCACCUGGGAGAACAGGUCCCCUGCCUCCGCCCCCACCCACAGGGAGGUCAGGCAGCAAUGUACGGGCAUCAGUCCCGCCCCCACCGAAUCGACCAGGACCGGAGCCUCCAAGAGGAGGCUCCAGACCUCCACCCCCACCAGAGAGACCGGCCGUUGGGGGACCACCACUUCCCCCUCCCCCGAUUGGCAACGGUUACCAGAAUUCCUACCAACACUCCACAGAUGACUGGGAGGGCAGAUUCACUUUUCACCCUGUGUCAGACCUUCCUUCACCGGAGCCCUACAUUCCUUCCCAGAAGACCUACCCAAGCAGGAUGGGGAAGGGUGAGAUCAGAGGUUCUGGAAAAAAGGAAAGAGGUGCACCCCCGUUGCCCCCCAUUCCUCGGUGAACAGUUCAGCAGCCCCACUUCCUGCCACUCAGUCCUCCAGUCCCCCGCCUGCUGCUCGCAGUGCACUCAGUUACCCCCUCCUGCCUCCUCUUUUCUGCUCCUCAUUGCCUCAGUGCAGAUUUUACUUACUGGGUCUUUUUACAUCUGACAGCUUUGGAAGUAAUUGGUAUUUCUAAGUUGGAAGUAACUGGUAUUUCUAAGCUGUUUUCACAUGGGCUCAUUUUUCUAAUUUAAUUUUAUCUUUUCGUAGCUUAUUUACCAUUUAACAUUAUACAGGAACAAUUUUAUAUAAAAAGUCACCCUGCAGGGCCAAAAGAAUUGCACAUACACACCCAUGCUAUUUGUCUUCAACUAUUGUAUAUGUAAUAUUUUAUAUCAGAAUAUUCACUAGUGUUUCUCAGAGCCAGCCAGUGCAAGCAAUGCUAGUUUUUAAACUUCAUUGUUAUUAGGAAAUCCUAAUGCUUUUAUUUUUUAUAAAGAGCGGGUGUCUCCCUGGUGGAGAGACUCAAAAUACAUUAGAGAAAAUGUUCAACAGGGGUGUAUAACAGAUGAAUUUGGAUAUGGUAUUAUUCUGCUUUGUAUGAGUAAAAAAGAAGGAUUUGCAUUUAAUAAUUAAAUUACAUUAAAUAGCCA